AUGGUUAAGAACAAGCCUCAGAGGUUUUCAUAUUUCACAGGCUAUGACACAGCCUACCAAGCCGCUGCCGCCACACAAGCGGCGGCGCACGCGCACGCGCAGGCGGCGGCCGCGGCCGCGUCGGCGUACGACGCGAGCAAGAGCGCGUACUACCAGCAGGCCUACCCCGCGCCGCCGCAGCAGCCGGCCUACGACGCGGCCGCCAAGCCCGCCUACACCACGCCCGCCACCUACGCGCAGGUGACCACCACCGCAUACGCGGCGCACACCGCCCACUCCGCCCACACCGCCCACACCGCGCCGGUCUCCUACCAAGUUAGACCCCACCACUGUCUGUCG